AUGCCCUCCACAAGCGCCACGCUCGACGCCCUCACGCCGCUCCUCCAGCGCACCACCAACGACCCACGCCCCGUCGCCGUCAUGAUGUGCGGCCUCUGCGGCACCGGCAAGUCAUCGCUCGCACACGCCAUCGUAGCCGCACACCACGACUCACCGCGCAUCUUCACGCGCCUCUCACUCGACGGCAUCGUGCACGAGCGUCACGGCCUGUACGGCGUCGACUAUGAGCCCGCGCUGCGGGAGGCCUACGAGGACGAGGCAGAGGAGAUCUUUGGCCAGCGGCUGCGGGAGGUGUUGUCCCGGGGUGGGGAUGUGGUGCUUGAUCGUGCUUUCUAUGCGAAGGAGGAUCGGGUGGCGUGGAGGGGAUUGGUGGAGGGGUUGGGGGCGAGGGUGGUGUUGGUGUUCUUCAAGGUUAGGGAUCGGGAGGUGGUGUGGAGGAGGGUGAGGGCGAGAUGGGAUGUCAGAGGGGAAUUGAAAGGGGAGAGAAAGGGGGAUGUUUCGGUUGAGGUGACGAGGGAAUUUUUCGAUAAGUGGGUGGAUGGCUUCGAGGAGCCGGUGGGGGAAGGGGAGUGGGUGGUCGAGGUCGAGGUCGAGUGA